AUGGUUCUUGGAGCGUUGUUUUCAUCAGCUGUAACCUCAGUACCCCGCAGCUUCCUGGUCUACGGUGUCCCUGGCCUUGUGCUGCUGUGGCAGGGCGGCCGGCUGCUGAACAGGCUGUGGUGGCAGCCGCGGCGGCUGGAGCGAGCUCUUCGCGCGCAGGGCCUCCGCGGCACGUUGUACCGCUUCCUCACCGGCGACCUAAAGGACUUCGACCGGCUCAACAAGGAGGCCUGGGCCAGGCCACCGCUGCCGCUGGGGUGCCACGACAUCGUCCCCCGCGUCACGCCGUUCCUCUGCAACCGCGUCCGGGAGCACGGCAAGACGUCCUUCGCCUGGUUCGGGCCGAUCCCCAACGUGACUAUCACCGAUCCCGCGCUGGUCAAGGACUUGCUCUCCAACAAGUUCGGCCACUUCGAGAAGCCUCAGUUCCCGGCCUUGACGAAGCUGCUCUCCGACGGACUAAAGAGUUGCUCAUGUAACUCGUCCAUUUCAGCAUUUCUCCGAGGGCUGGUUGGGAAAAGAAUUCAAGCCAUGAAAGAAGGUGAACCCACCAAAGACGAUCUACUGGGAUUAUUGCUGGAGUCAAACAUGAGGGACACGGACGGGAACGGCCAGUCCAGCCUAGGGAUGACGAUCGAAGACGUCAUUGAGGAGUGCAAGCUGUUCUACUUCGCGGGGAUGGAGACAACAUCAGUGCUGUUGACAUGGACAAUGAUCCUACUCAGCAUGCACCCGGAGUGGCAGGGCCAUGCAAGGGAGGAAGUGAUUGGCUUAUUCGGGAAAACUAAACCAGAAUAUGAGGGAUUAAGCCGCCUCAAAACGGUGAAUAUGAUCCUUUACGAGGUUCUCCGAUUAUACCCGCCGGGCGUCAGGUUCAGCCGGAGAACCUACAAGGAGAUGAAGAUUGGAAAUGUAACGUAUCCAGCUGGUGCGUUCAUCGAGAUCCCUGUUCUGUUUAUGCACCAUGAUCCUGACACCUGGGGAAGUGACGCCAACGAUUUCAAGCCGGAGAGGUUCGCCGAGGGGAAUUCCAUGGCAUCCAAGGCCUCAGGCGCGUUCCUCCCGUUUGGUUGGGGACCUCGCAUAUGCAUCGGCCAAAACUUUGCACUCCUUGAGGCCAGGAUGGCGAUGUGCAUGAUCUUUCAGCGGUUUGAAUUUGAGCUCGCACCAUCUUAUACUCAUGCACCAUAUGCGGUGCUGACGCUGCAUCCGAUGCAUGGUGCUCAGAUUAAGCUUAGGGCAUCGUAA